AUGGCUGGAGUGAUCAACGUCUCGCAGUUUCCAUUCCUCCGAACAAUUUCCCGCCGCGGCAGUGUUCAUGCCGGUAUCAGAACCUCCAUUCCCGUAACCAGGGCAUCCUCGUCGUCGUCGGAGACGCCUCCGAGCUCCGGCGCCACGACCGCAGCCACUAGAGGAGAAGAACAAUCAGCAGCGCCUUCAUUUGCUGCCCAGGCCGGUUUCAAGACGCCGGAGCCAAAGCGGUUUGCUAUCCGACCCGACAAGGGCUUGGAUGUUGCAGGAGCGGCUCUCGCCAUCUUUUUCCGCCUCGACACUGGUGUCUUCCUCAAUGGGUACUCGGUGUCUUUCGUGUCCAAAGAUGAGAUUCCAGCUGACCAAUAUGCUCUAGAACUAGCUGGUUACAAAGUAAAAGAGACAUCAAAGCUAGGACCUCGUCCGGAGCAGCCAAUCAUGAUAUAUGAGUUUGAAAGGGAAAUUGUUGCUGUCUUGGAUCUUGUUGUUCUAUUUUAUCCCUGCCCAAGGAAUGGUCCCAAUUUCCGCCCCAAGGCUAUUGAGUUGGGGGGCAAACAGCAAUUCCCCUACAUGGUUGAUCCAAAUACGGGAGUUGCAAUGUAUGAAUCAGAUGCGAUCAUAAAGUAUCUGGUUGAUAAAUAUGGUGAUGGAAGAGUUCCUCUCAUGUUGUCACUAGGUCUUCUAACAGUGAGCACUUUGCCUUUGCAUCUUCCUCUUUCUCUCAUGUUGAUUCGUAUUAUACGUUGCAUGGGCCUUAUUGCUGGUUUUCUCGUUUCUCUUAUUUUCUUGCAGACUUUGACUGCCGGCUUUGCUAUGAUUGUUCGUAUGGGAAGGGUAAUACCUUUCGUUUUUUCUUUUUCAAUUCUAUCUAUGCAGGGACAAUCAUAUCGGCCAUCCAAAUUGCCUCCAAAACCUCUAGAAUUAUGGGCAUACGAGGGUUCUCCAUUCUGUAAGCUUGUCCGUGAAGUGCUCGUAGAGUUGGAAUUACCACAUAUUUAUAGAAGUUGUGGCCGUGGCAGCCCAAAACGGUAG